CUAUACUACCGAUGUUUAUGGUUAUGAGUAUGGUUAUGGCCAUGCCUAUGGCUAGAUCACAAGAUAAGCAUCUCAGAUCUAGGUUUUUCUUUCAUAAUUAAUCCACGUUUUUUUUUCAUUUUUCAAUCAAUUUCAACAGUUAUACAAAGAAUUUCGUUUUCCUAAACCUUUGUUAGAUCGGAAUCAAUGGCCACGAUGCAGAAAUUUAAGAUGUUAGCAACACAAUGUGCCGUUGCCGGAAGUCCGACUCGUAGUCCAUCUACAAGCCCUGUCAUUCACCUCCGUCGAAGGAAGACGCUACGGAUGUUGCUGAGUCGCGGCGGCGGCGGAACACGGCGGUUGCCUCCGACUAAUGAGUUUGUAGAUCGGAGGGGAAGCGAUGUUGAUUCGUCGGAGGAUGAGAAGGAUAGUGGUGCAAGGCGAAAGUUAAAGGACUUGUUUGUGUCGUCUUCGUCGCCGCCGCCGCCAUCGACGCUUGGCGAGAGCGGACGUGACGGUGGAGAAGAAACGAAUCGGUGGAGCGGCGAUGAUGCUGAUCUAAUUGGCCGGCGCGGUGGUUCGAGGGGACUUAGGGCAUUGCCGGGGACGUUACGGCAGCGGUUACUUAGACGAGCAUGGAGGCCUGUACUGGUGACAAUUCCUGAGUAAAUUUUGAUCUUGUUUUUGGAAAAUGUAGAGAUAACUUUCCAGAAAUAAUUACAAUAACAGAGUGGUACUACUAA